UAAGAUGAGAGGUUUUAUUUUUCACGAUGUAUAUGUGGAAGUGUCUGAAAAUGUAAAUGUAAAGUGCGCAUCUGUGAAGUGUGUGUGAUUCUCUGAGCUUUUGCGCGCGUCUGGUCGCAUCGGUCUGCUAAGUGCCGCCGUGUCGACUUAAAAACUCAUUUCCCACAAAAGGGGAAUCUAAUUAUUUUCUUUUCACUUACACAUUAUCCGCCAACAUCGCCUUAUUCGCACCCGGGUGUCAAGAAGCGCGCGCGUCCCUCAGUCUUCUGCGCAUGCGCGCGUCUCUCUUUGAACCUCGCGCUCGUAAAGUUCUCGGGGUAUAAAAGAGACGUUUGUCACACAGGAUAGAUAGAUGGAUAAGCUGAACGAAGACAUGGCUCGGAUCGAUGUCGAUGUGUACACGGCUAAAGUUUUGUCUCAUUGGGGUUGGAGCAGAGAAGAAGAGGACCGAGCGUUUGGCGACUCUUGCAGCGCGUCCUCGCCGGAGUCCGCGUGCUCGUCCCCGGACGCGCGCUCCAGCAAUAGCGGAGGAUGCGAGUCGCAACUGAAGCCCAAAGUGAAGAUGAGCGUGAAAAGGAGAAUGAAGGCUAGCGAACGGGAGAAGCUGCGCAUGCGCAGUCUGGCGGAGGCUCUUCACCAGCUCCGGGAUUACCUGCCGCCGGUGUACAGUAGGAGAGGACAACCGUUAACCAAGAUACAAACCCUCAAAUAUACCAUUCAGUACAUUAAAGAACUCUCCAGCAUCCUCGACCAGCAAUCUGCGCAUGCGCGGCGCUGACGGGACCAACGGUCGACGACGGCUCUCUCUGUGUUGUGUUUGAUCUGGUCAGUCGUCAAACACAUGAUCAGCGUUAAACCUCAGUGGUGCGGCUUGUAGUUUGUCAAGCAACAGCUUCAAAAUUGUUAGAUUUGAAGGAGCUUUUCACACAAACAAAAUGUGUCAUAUUACUGGACACUAGCCAGACCGAUAAACCAACAUAGACCGGAAGUUAACUUCGGGCCAGACGCGUAACCGUGGCAACGCGCGUGGGUUUGAUGAAACCGUCUUUAAAGAACCUUUUGUGCAAUGGAAAGAUUCUGGAUGUUAAUUUUUUCGUGGAAUCGCCCAGCUAUCAGGGAAUGUUCCCACAACUUUCACUUUUCACUGUUGAGAUGAUUUUCAUGAUGUUUUUUGACCUGAAUAACGUUCUCUUAAAGGGCCAGUGCACGCAAAAAUGAAAAUUCUUUAAUAUGUUAUUUGUAUUCGACGAAUGUUCUAAGAAUGUCUUAAGGGUUAUGAAAAUGUGAUUAUAACGUUUUUAAACUACGCAAUUGAAAACGUUUUAGAAAUUUUGCAAAUCAUGAAUCAAUCUUUCCAUAAUUUUUAUUUUUUUAUUUUUUUUAGAACAUACAUUUGUUAGCUGGUUAUGGAUGCCGAUACAGAAUCUUUAUUUUUUUGAUUUUAGGUUGCUUUUGUACAGAUUUUGUUUGUUUGCUUAUCCACUCAUGUUUUACUGAUGUAAAUAUUUCUUGCUGAUGCUUGAGUGGAAUAUUGAUGUCUAAUAGUAAAUAUAAAUUGCGGAAUAAACAUCUUGUUUGUGUUGAUGUAAACUGUUUUUUGUACUUCAUGUCAAGAUAAAAUUGGAU